GGAUUUGUUUCUGGGUGUUUUGGUGCUUCGUGGUUGGGGUUUCGGUGGAGCAGAGACGACGCCCCGACUGCUGGAUUAGCCAGGAGCCGCCGCCAUUACCAGCCGACGCUAGCUAGCUGUUAGCACCAGCGGAGGCCUGAAGAGCCAGGUGUGAUGCACUCGCUGUCUCAGGAAAUCCAGGGCUUCUCCAAAAAACGCCUGAAGAAGCAGUCGACCCGCGUGACCACAGUGACUGGCAAGACGUUGCUGGAAAGGAGGAGUGAUGGAGCAGAAGGAGAGGUGGAGGAGGUUGAGGUGCUGGCAGAGGAGAGUGGAUGUGGCUUUGUAGAAGACACCAGCCUUGAUCUGCAAGUUGGUGUUGUCAGACCCUUCCUGCUGCUAGCCUCUCAGGAUGCAGCCCACGACAUUGACACCCUGCAGAGAUUUAAGGUGUCCCAUGUGCUAAAUGUGGCCUAUGGAGUCACCAACCUGUUUCCAGAUCAGAUGGUCUAUAAGACAUUUCAGAUCCUGGACCUGCCAGAGACCGACAUCACGUCACAUCUGGAGGAAUGCAGCUCCUUCAUAGAUCAGGCCAGAGAGCAGGACGGUGUGGUGAUGGUCCACUGUAAUGCUGGCGUGUCGCGCUCUUCCUCCAUUGUGAUUGGUUACCUUAUGCUAAGGGAGGGGCUUUCGUUUGAUGAUGCCUACAACCAGGUGAAGCUGGCGAGACUGUCGACUCGACCAAACCCCGGCUUCUAUCAGCAGCUGCAGAACUACAAGCCUUAAAGGACAACAGCUCAGUCUGUUCUAUCUGAAUAAAUAGCUUUCAUGGCAUGUUGACAAUAGAAACAUUAUGGUGAUACAGUUAUUUUUUAGCCAUAAACUGUAAACUGCAGCUGGACCAUGAAUAACAUUUCUUUUUUAUGUAAACCCUACUGUCACAUUCAUCUACAUUGUUAAAAAAAUAAUCAUAAAAUUUUUUUUCUGCUGCUUCAGUGAGAUAAAUAUCUUUUUAUCUGGGAAUCUGAGAGAAACAAACUUUUAAAGGGUCACAAGCAGCAUGAAGGAGCAACACAAUUCAUGAGAACUUAACACAACUUAAAUAUAGACGACUGGUUCGGUCUUGAGCUUUGGGAUUUUUUUCUAUUCCAUAUUUUGAGCUUUUUUGCAGCUUUAGUUAUUUUGUUUGGUCAUAUUGUUAUCUUAGUGUACAUUCAUCUAAUAACGUCAGCUUCUAGGUGUCCUCAGAUAGUGUCCUCACUUAGCCUUGUUCCAUUUCACCUGAAAAUAAGGGCGAAGUAGCAGACAGGUGCUACUAACCAAAUGCACCUGAUGAACUGAUCAUCAGAAGUGUGACCACCUCUGUAGCAGCAGGCCUCAAGGUUUAGUAACAUCCCAGUCCAAGUCCAGACCUGGAAUCGAACAGUCUGGGGAAACCUCACAAUUGUUGUAAAAGGGAGACCCCUUUAAAAGUUAAGGUAUCAAACAAUUUUGAGUACAUUUAAAUUUUUUUCUAAGUUCACUUAAUUGUUCAGAAGCAUUUUUCCUUUGAAUUCGUCUUUGUUUAAUACUAACUCAUUACAGUCUUUCUUUUAAACACUAGUCUUUGCCAAAAAAAAACGAGUGUAAAGACACUGAAGGAAGAGAAAUUAGAUUGUUGAUAC